GUCCCAUGACAUGGUAACCUGACUCCGCCAGAUCUGGGAACUUUCCGUUAGAGGACUUUUGGGAAGGAGCAAAAAUACUGGUUAGUUGAUUGGAUAAACCAUCUGUCUAUCACCACCUAUGUUGGUGAUAGACGGGCCAAACCAACCAAUCAGAUCAAACUCUUGCCGAAACCAGUCGGGAGAAGAGCAAAAACAUAUUUUCCUCAGAGAAAAGACUCCAGUGCCGUUUUCUCAACCUACCUGGAAGGCAGGAUGUGUACGAAGCACGAUAAACCUCUGGAGCUGUUCUGUAAGACUGACCAGACAUGUGUCUGCAUGCUCUGCAGUGUUUUUGAUCACAAGAAGCAUGAUGUUGUUCUUCUGAAAGAAGAAUAUGACGGAAAGAAGGUAGAGCUAGGGAAGACAGGGGCUGAAAUUCAACAGAUGAUCCAGAAGAGACGACUGAAGAUUCAGGAGAUCAAACACUCAGUCGACCUCAGUGACAAAAAUGUAGACAGAGAGAUAGCAGAAGGUGUUCAGGUCUUCACUUCUCUGAAGGAGUCUGUUGAGAGAGGCCUGAAUGAGCUCAUCAACACGAUCAAUGAGAAGCAGAAAACAACAGAAAAACAGGCUGAAGCUUUCAUCAAAGAGCUGGAACAGGAAAUCUCUGAGCUGAUGAAGAGAAGCACUGAGCUGGAGCAGGUGUUACGCUCUGAAGACCACCUCCAUCUCCUCCAGAGUGUCCAGUCCCUAAACAUCCAACAACCUCCACCCACCAAGGACUGGACAGAGGUCAAAGUCUGUCCAUCAUCAUAUGAGGGGACUGUGAGGAAAGCUGGGGCUCAGCUGGAGGAGACACUCAGUGAAGAGAUGAAGAAGCUGCUCGCUGAGUCUGAGCUGAGGAGGGUCCAGCAGUAUGCAGUGGAUGUGACUCUUGAUCCUGAUACAGCACAUCCUAAACUCAUCCUGUCUGAUAAUGGGAAACAAGUGAAUUAUGUUGAUGUGCGGAAGAAUCUCCCAGACAACCCAGAGAGAUUUUCUAAGUGUGUUAGUGUUUUAGGAAAACAGAGUUUCUCUUCAGGCAGAUUUUACUUUGAGGUUCAAAUUAAAGGAAAGACUAAAUGGGAUUUAGGAGUGGCCAAAGAGUCGAUCAACAGGAAGGGAAGCAUCACACUGAGCCCUCAGAAUGGUUACUGGACUAUAGAGUUGAGAAAUAGAAAUGAGUACAAAGCUCUAACUGGCCCUGGUGUCCGUCUCUCUCUGAAGUCUCCUCCUCAGAAGGUGGGGGUGUUUGUGGAUUAUGAGGAGGGUCUGGUCUCCUUUUAUGACGUAGAUGCUGCAGCUCUUAUCUACUCCUUUACUGGCUGCUCCUUCACUGAGAAACUCUUCCCAUUCUUCAGUCCCUAUAAGAAUGAUGGUGGUAAAAACUCUGCCCCUCUGAUCAUCUCUCCUGUCAAAGUAAACUAAUCACUGAUCUUAUUUCAAGUAUUGAUUAUUUUUAAUCAAGGGAACAA